AUGAUUGGAUUCAAAGUUCAACAGCUCCUAGAUUUUCCCCAGACUACCUUGUUUGCUGAAUCAUGUAGCUAUGCCUAUGCCAAAUCCGCGCUGAUCACUUUUUCGUCUCCUCUACUCUUGAAUGUGGCACCAUCGACGAAGCAAUCAGCGAAUCCAUAUUCCUUCUUCGAGCUCGCCGCCCAUUCCAUCUCCUCAAGUUCCGCCCAUCCCACCUCCUCACGUCCCGCCAAUCCCACCUCCCCACGUCCCGGUAAUACCUCCGCAUACCAUUCCCAAUGCCACUCCCAAUGCCAUUCCCAACGCCUCUCCCAGCACCACUACACAUCCGUAUCCCUCUCCCUCUCCCUCCGCGUCCCCCAAACCAUUUCUCCCGACAUCAUCACCAACCACCUCCUCACCCCCACCCAACUUCACUCCCUCAACCCCCUCGACCUCCUCAAUCCCCUCAAUCCCAUACUCCUCAACCCCACCACCAACCUCCUAACCACAAACCACCCAACCUACAAACAAUACAUCCAACUCAUCUUCACCAGCACCAGCACCAGCACCACCAAUCCACGCCGUACAUUGAGAGAAUCCCCAUGGUCACCUCUUAUUCGACAAAGUGCUCAGGAACGACGGGAGCGUGAGGAGCAUGCCAGGAGAGCCGAACGUGCUGAGGGUAUUUGGGGUACUGAUUACAAUUUAGAUAAUAUAUCGUUUCAUCCUCGAUAUACUCAGUAUGAUGAAGAUGAUGCUAGUUCUUCGGGUGCAUUGGAUACUCUGGAUACUACAUCAUCGUUUCGUUCUGGGUAUAUUGAGUAUACUCAGUCUAGUGAUCGCACUUUAGAUACUAUGGAUACUUGGGAUAAUACGUCAUUAUUCCAUCCUGGGGGUGAAUGGCGGAGGAAUUUUAGACGUGGGGGAGUUUUGGGGGAGGUGUUGGAGGAAGAGGAAGACCAAGAAACAAUACUCGAAGUACCACAAGAGACACUCGAAGCACUCGAAGCACCAGAAGCACCACAAGAAAUAACCUUCGAAGCACCAUCAGAUCAAGAAGAUCAAGAAAUUUACGAUUCAGACGACGAACUAUGGUACGAAGACGACGAGACAUUUUGGGAUUCGGAACCAGAACCUGAACCAGAACCAGAAUCAGAACAAUGGCAAGGACAAGGACAAGUAAAAAGACGUCUUGAGACGAUUUUUGAAGAGGAGGAUGAAGAAUAG